AUGCUCCGUACAUUCCAAUUUGGCUUUAGCCCAAAUAAAACCACUAACUCCACGGAGUCAUUGGGCAGGGUCAAAGCCCUAACAACAUUUGAUGCAAUCACAUUAACUGAUAGAAAUUUUGAUCAAGACUUCUUGCCAUUGGUCACCUCUCGAUCAACAGUCUUUAGCUUUCCCGGCUCGACAGAUGGAGCGCAAGCAGCCGCGCCCUUCCCCAAGGAAACGACCCUUAGUCCUCCGCCGGGAAUAGCUCAGAAGGUUCAGUUACAGCGUCGUGUUGUACGUUUUCGAGAUCAAUUCACGCCACACUUGUGGAUCAAUUUCAAAACCCGCCUAGGCGGCAUUUGGGAAAGGGUUACCCUAGACAGCUUCGUCGGCGCAGCUGGCGUGAAGGAGGGGGAGCAGCGAACCUCUCGGUAUGCUAAAUAUAUCAAGUUCAACUGUGGAGACCAAAGUCGUUUUUCUCCUUGCCCCAACUCCCCCGUGUACAUUAUCAGCCGUAUGAACCAACUAUUAGAAUCAAGAUCUACCUCGACAGUCGACGCCCUUAUAGACGCGGCACAGGCCGUUGCUAUAACUGUCCUCUUCUAUGAUACAUCUCUCACACUAGGAGAAGAGGUGAGGGCCACCUAUAUUGCUAUCUUACAGACCUCUCAUUCAAUCCCAACCCUUAUAACUAGGUACAAUACCUGUGGCCCAAAAAAUGGAAUGCUGUUAAGGCGUGCAUCUAUCUG